AUGGGUAGAUUGCUAGACACGCAGAAAGAUAUAAAUGUAGCAGAGAAGGGUACAUGUGGUCAGUGGCAUGUAGGGCGGUCUCAGGGUCAGCUGCAAACAGUAUAUAAAGGAGACCUACUGUACUCAUCCACACAGCAGUUAGGUGCCUACACUGAUCCCCCAAAGAUGAAGAGACUUUUGUUGCUGGUCGCGAUUUUCGCCCUCGUGGUUGCUGACGACGACAAUGACGCAACAGAUGGCGUCGAGGGUCGUUCCAGAAGCAAAGCUGAGUCGGGCAAGAAGGAAUCCAGAUUCUUUGGAGGAUUAGGAGGUUUUGAUCCCGUUGGAGGAUUGGGAGGAGGAUUUGGAUUGGGUGGAGGUCUUGGAGGAUUGGAUGGAGGAUUUGGAGUUAACCCAGCACUUGGAGGAGGAUUCGGAUUCAACCCAGCUCUUGCAGGCGGAUUUGGAGUAAACCCUGCCUUCGGAGGAGUAAAUCCUGCAUUCACUCCUGUGGCUCCUCCCUCCACAUGCCGUUACUGGUGCAGGACACCCGAAGGUCAGGCCUACUGCUGUGAGAACAUCAACCAGCCACAGAGUGCUGCCGGUGUAGUCAAACCGGGAUUCUGUCCCCCCGUUCGUCCAGUGUGUCCUCUUAGGAGCUUCCAGCCACCAUUCACUUGCUCUAACGACGGCGCUUGCGGAGGCAUCGACAAGUGUUGCUUCGACAGGUGUCUCGGCGAGCACGUGUGCAAGGCUCCUCUGGGCAUUGGGCGAUAGAUAUCCUUGGGAAAAUUAAGCUGUUCAGUGAAAUUCAUCAUUGCCUUUUCGAGGUAGGAUGAUUUCAUGAACAUUAAUGUUUUCGUCCAUUGAAACGUAUGUAAAAAAGAUGUAAAUACAAUGUAUAAUAAAAAUAAGAUAAAAUCUAAUACCAUUAC